AUGAGGAUUAUGACCGUCCAGCCCAACAAGAAAGGUCCUUCACUUCGUCCAUCACAGCCCAAUAACAAUGCAGCAAAUUCUACAAAAUUUUCAGCCCAACAAAGUUGCCUCCAAGGCCCACAAAUCAUGCAGUCAUUCCACCUCAAGGGCCGCCACUAUCUACUCCAGUACGCGCAAGCAAUUCAGUCCCCUCUCAUCCAGACUUGUUAUACAGUCCAUCCUCGUCAUAAAGACUUCCUCUUUUUACGCCAGUGGACACUCAAACACAAUCCAUGUCUAAUCUGUCCUCUUCCUCCAACAGUCCUGCACCUUAUAAAACCAACUCUUCCACAACUCUUCUGCCUCGUAUUCCAAAUCCCAUAUCGUCCACAUCGUCCCCAUUGUCUCCCACCAACAGUCUCGUAA